GCAGAGAGACAGAGACAGAGAAUCCCAAGAGUAGGCUCUGAGCUGUCAGCACGGAGCCAGAUGAGAGGCUCGAAUCCACGAACAGCAGGAUCAAGACCUGAGCUGAAACAAAGAAUUGGAUGCUUAACCAACUGAACCACCCAGGCGCCCCAGCAGUCAGGCAUUUUAGAUUAAUUUCUCUCAGGAGGUUCAACCUGUACGAGGAGAUUGUUCUCAAGAUUAAACUUUAGUGUCUAGAGUGCCCAGAGUAUCUACAGCAUCCACGAACUGCCCUCAUCCUUCUCUGUCUCCUUUUUCUCUGACAUUCCCUCUUUCUUUGUGGUUCUUCUUAUUUUUCUUUUUCUGUCUCCCUGUCGCUCUCUUCCUUCUUCCUCCUUCCGUCUUUCCUUCUCUCUCCCUCCUGCUCUUCGCACACUGUCUCCACACUCUACACUUUCUGUCCUGCUUCAGACAUCCCUGUCUCCCCUAGACCAGUCUGGCCCACCCCUGCCAGAACCUUCCCUGUCUUCUGACCUUCACCAGCUCCCACUUCAGCCCUCUUCUCUAGUUAGCCUCCAUCGUCCUGAUUUCCUCAGCCUUCCCCUACCAUUCUCCACUCUCCUCCCACCCUUGCUAUUCACGCCCCCCUUCUCCUGGAUCAGCUCAGCCCAUAAUCCCAGCUGUCGAUCACUCUAAUGCUCAGAGAUAAACCCAACUCCAAGCAGUCCCCUCCAGAAAACCAGACACAGCUUUGAAUCAAAUAAUCCCUUCCUAGCCCCCCUGCCUGCUCUGACCCUGCUUGGGGGUGCCGCUCCCCUACACAGAUUGCCCCUUUGUGUGAAUUAGGAAAAUAUGCUGUCGCCUAGGGAUGACAGGAGCCCCAUUCCCCUCUCAGAUGCAGCCUUUGCCCAACAGCUGGAUCAGCUACAGGAUGGACUUGAGUCCCCACUCCACCUUUGCCUGGACACAUCCUGCACCAAUACCCCAGAUCAGCUACGCGUCCACAGCCCCUGAGCUCAGCGACUCCACACGCUAUGACUUCUUCUCCCGAGUCGUGCCACCUGACUCCUACCAGGCCCAGGCCAUGGUGGACAUCGUGAGGGCGCUGGGAUGGAACUACGUGUCCACACUGGCCUCCGAGGGCAACUAUGGCGAGAGUGGGGUUGAGGCCUUUGUGCAGAUCUCCCGGGAGGCUGGGGGGGUCUGUAUUGCCCAGUCCAUCAAGAUUCCUAGGGAACCAAAGCCAGGAGAAUUCAACAAGGUGAUCAAGAGAUUAAUGGAGACGCCCAAUGCCCGGGGCAUCAUCAUCUUUGCCAACGAGGAUGACAUCAGGAGGGUACUGGAGGCCGCACGCCAGGCCAACCUGACGGGUCACUUCCUAUGGGUCGGCUCUGACAGCUGGGGAGCCAAGACCUCACCCAUCCUGAACCUGGAGGAUGUGGCCGUGGGGGCCAUCACCAUCCUGCCCAAAAGGGCUUCCAUAGAUGGAUUUGACCAGUACUUCAUGACCCGCUCCCUGGAGAACAACCGCCGGAACAUCUGGUUUGCCGAGUUCUGGGAAGAGAAUUUCAACUGCAAACUGAUCAGCUCAGGUACCCAGUCCGACGACUCCGCCCGCAAAUGCACAGGUGAGGAACGCAUCGGCCGGGACUCUACCUACGAGCAGGAGGGGAAGGUGCAGUUUGUGAUCGAUGCUGUGUACGCCAUUGCCCACGCCCUCCACAGCAUGCACCAAGCACUCUGCCCGGGGCUCACGGGCCUGUGCCCCGCGAUGGAGACCACCGAUGGGCGGAUGCUGCUGCAGUAUAUUCGAGCUGUCCGCUUCAAUGGCAGCGCGGGGACCCCGGUGAUGUUCAACGAGAACGGGGAUGCGCCCGGGCGCUAUGACAUCUUCCAGUACCAGGCGGCCAACGGCAGUGCGGGCAGCGGUGGCUACCAGGCCGUGGGCCAGUGGGCAGAGACUCUCAGGCUGGACGUGGAAGCUCUUCAGUGGUCGGGAGACACCCGUGAGGUGCCUGGGUCCCAGUGCAGCCUCCCCUGUGGGCCCGGUGAGCGGAAAAAGAUGGUGAAGGGCGUCCCCUGCUGCUGGCACUGCGAGGCCUGUGACGGGUACCGCUUCCAGGUGGACGAGUUCACGUGCGAGGCCUGCCCCGGGGACAUGCGGCCCACGCGCAACCACACGGGCUGCCGCCCCACGCCCAUCGUGCGCCUGACCUGGUCCUCGCCCUGGGCCGCGCCGCCACUCCUGCUGGCCGUGCUGGGCAGCAUGGCCACCACCACCGUGGUGGCCACCUUUGUGCGGCACAACGACACGCCAAUCGUCCGCGCCUCGGGCCGCGAGCUCAGUUAUGUGCUGCUCACCGGCAUCUUCCUCAUCUACGCCAUCACCUUCCUCAUGGUGGCCGAGCCCGGCGCGGCAGUGUGCGCCGGCCGCAGGCUCUUCCUCGGCCUUGGCACCACGCUCAGCUACUCGGCCUUGCUCACCAAGACCAACCGCAUCUACCGCAUCUUCGAGCAGGGGAAGCGCUCCGUCACGCCGCCGCCCUUCAUCAGCCCCACCUCGCAGCUCGUCAUCACCUUCAGCCUCACCUCCGUGCAGGUGGUGGGAGUAAUGGCAUGGCUGGGGGCCCAGCCCCCACACAGUGUGAUUGACUACGAAGAGCAACGGACCGUGGACCCGGAGCAGGCCAGAGGGGUGCUCAAGUGCGACAUGUCAGAUCUGUCCCUCAUCGGCUGCCUGGGCUACAGCCUCCUGCUCAUGGUCACAUGCACAGUGUAUGCCAUCAAGGCCCGUGGUGUGCCCGAGACCUUCAAUGAGGCCAAGCCCAUCGGCUUUACCAUGUACACCACCUGCAUCAUCUGGCUAGCUUUUGUGCCUAUCUUCUUUGGUACCGCCCAGUCAGCUGAGAAGAUCUACAUCCAAACCACCACACUGACUGUGUCCUUGAGCCUGAGUGCAUCGGUGUCCCUCGGCAUGCUCUAUGUGCCCAAGACCUACGUCAUCCUGUUCCACCCGGAGCAGAAUGUGCAGAAGCGGAAGCGAAGCCUCAAGGCGACCUCCACAGUGGCAGCCCCACCCAAGGGCGAGGACACGGAGGCCCCCAAGUAGUGAGUGGGGGAUGAGUGGGAUGGUUGCUCCCUCUCUUCUGCUCUUUUCUUUCCCUUGCUUCACCAUGGAAGCUGUGAAAAGUCCAGGUCUGCAGUGAGCAGUUGGAGGCAGGGAGUCCACAAAACCCAUGCCCACUGGGAUGGGGCUGGACUCCAGAAAGAUCUGGACCCACACACCACACGUCAUCCCUGCUUUUCUGUGCCUGUGGGCACCAUAUAUCCUUGCUGCAGACCAGACUUUCUACUCAUGGAGGGAAACAGCCACCACGAAGAUUCUACUCUAGGGAGUGACUGAACUUAUGCUCCCUGGUCUGAGUUCAGAGAGCAUGAUGAAGCCCCAGGCUUGGCCCAGCGUGAGUGAGAUUUCUACCCAAUUAGCCAGCAGAACCCAGGGAUUGGGCAGUGUGCAAGAAUGUGUAGAUCUCACUGUGAAAAUACAGGGCUGGAUGCAGGGAGGAGCAGUUUCCACAAGAGACCCUGGGGGUCUGGGUUCCGGACUGAGUAUAACUCAGGCUUGGCAAUGAGGGAUGGAACCUUGGGUCAGAGCCCAGAGAGCGAGAAUGCGAUGUGAGAGUGAGAACUGAGACGUACCCCAUGAAGUUACAUGUGUUGAGGUCUUUUUCUCAGAACCUUCGCCCCUGGGAUCUGGGGCAUGUCGCACUUAGGAGUAUAGCUUUUUGCCUUUCCCAUGCAUAUGCCCUCAAAUGACCCCCAAACCCUCGUGUGGUGUUAGUGGUGUAAGAAUAACAGGGUGGUGGUUGCCCUCUUCUGAUGCCUGUGAGAGAUUGUGGUCAGGAGCCUCAGGCUGGGGCCAGUGACAGAGAGCUGUGUCCAUGGUGAUGAUUAAUUCCAGGUAGACAUCUUACGAUGAAUAU